UUGCCGGGGCUGAGCCUGUGAUGAGGCCCCGACGAGGUUUCUGGAACAAGUGGCUUCGGGUAAUGGUACGAGCACGACCCAGUUCCGGUCAGUGAGGGAGAAGCCUGCUGGGGUGCAGUCAGAGAGGCUUGGAUGAGGAGACAUCGCUUCCUCUCCCAUGUUCUGCGCUGCGGUGCCAGGACGUGACAUUUGGGCUUGUUGUAGUCAACUUAAUACCAGGAGACCACCAACCAGAGGUCGAAAAUCCAAGGUGUUGAGAAUAUCAGAGCAAAAGGAUGGAAAGAGCCUGGGCCCCGGGGCCGUCGCUGAACUGCUGCACCAAGUCUUGGACGGAAGGGAGAAGCCAGUGGAGGCAUGACCAGCCUGGAGCCAAGUGAGGCUGAUGGCGCAGCUGAGUGCACCUGCUUAGACCCUCCACUCACUGGCUUCUUGGUGACCUGACUCUGCACAUCCUUGUGGCUUGCGUCUUCUUGCUGGUUGUUCAUCUGCAGGAAGAGUUUCUUGAUCCCUUUGCCAAGAAGACAGAAUGGGCUCCCAGGAUGCAGUGGAAACUUUCCCUUCUCAUAGGAAGAAGAUGGGAAGGUUUCUCUCCCACAGUGUGACAGGCGAGGCGCAUCGUAUCUCAGGCCGACUCCUUGGGAAAGUGACUCAGUCGGGCACUUUGGUCCAAAAGUCACUCCCGAGUUGGCCUGAAAUCAAGCACCAAGCAAAAGGAACAGCAAUGGAAAGCUUCCAUGUACGGCAGCAUGACUCCAAACUCCUUUACAAGCCCUCUGAUUGAGAAGCCAGUUGGUAAAGAAAGCAUGCCUCAGACUCCUCCCUUUUCAGCAAUGUUUGACAGCAGUGGUUACAACCGAAACCUCUAUCAGUCUGCGGAGGACAGCUGUGGAGGGUUGUAUUACCAUGACAACAACCUCCUCUCUGGGUCUCUGGAGGCGCUCAUCCAGCACCUGGUACCUAGCGUGGACUACUAUCCAGACAGAACCUACAUCUUCACCUUCCUGCUCAGCUCCCGGCUGUUCAUGCAUCCGUAUGAGCUGAUGGCCAAGGUGUGCCACUUGUGUGUUGAGCACCAGCGACUCAGUGAGCCUGAUGGGGAUAAGAGCCAAAUAAGAAAAAUUGCACCCAAAAUUCUUCAACUCCUGACGGAAUGGACAGAAACCUUUCCUUAUGAUUUUCGGGAUGAAAGAAUGAUGAGAAACUUAAAAGACCUGGCCCACCAAAUAGCCAGUGGCGAGGAGACGUACAGGAAGAAUGUGCAGCAGAUGAUGCAGUGUCUGAUCCGCAAGCUCGCCGCGCUCAGCCAGUACGAGGAGAUCCUGGCAAAAAUCAGCUCCACGUCUACAGAUCGGCUCACGGUCCUCAAGGCCAAGCCACAGUCCAUACAGAGGGGCGUCCUCACCAUCUGCAGUGACCCCUACACGCUGGCCCAGCAGCUGACUCACAUAGAGCUGGAGAGGCUGAAUUAUAUUGGCCCAGAAGAAUUCGUUCAGGCGUUUGUGCAGAAGGACCCUUUGGACAAUGACAAGAGUUGCUACAGUGAACGGAAGAAAACACGCAGCUUGGAGGCUUACGUGGAGUGGUUUAACCGCCUCAGCUACUUGGUUGCCACGGAAAUCUGCAUGCCUGUAAAGAAGAAGCACCGAGCAAGGAUGAUCGAGUAUUUCAUUGACGUGGCUCGGGAGUGUUUCAACAUCGGCAACUUUAAUUCCUUGAUGGCAAUAAUCUCUGGCAUGAAUAUGAGCCCCGUCUCUCGACUGAAGAAAACUUGGGCCAAGGUGAAGACGGCCAAGUUCGACGUUCUUGAGCAUCAGAUGGACCCUUCGAGCAACUUCUACAAUUAUCGAACAGCUCUGCGUGGGGCAGCACAAAGGUCUUUAACCGCUCAUAGCAGCAGGGAAAAGAUUGUGAUACCAUUCUUCAGUCUUUUAAUCAAAGAUAUUUAUUUCCUCAAUGAAGGCUGUGCUAACCGCCUUCCCAAUGGCCACGUCAACUUCGAGAAAUUUUGGGAACUGGCCAAGCAAGUGAGCGAGUUCAUGACGUGGAAACAAGUGGAGUGUCCGUUUGAGAGGGACCGGAAGAUCUUGCAGUACCUGCUCACGGUCCCCGUCUUCAGCGAGGACGCUCUCUACCUGGCUUCCUAUGAGAGUGAAGGACCUGAAAAUCACAUAGAGAAAGACAGGUGGAAGUCCUUAAGGUGGGUGCCCUUGCUUUUCCAUGCUGCUCGAAUCUCAAGAUGCUGUUGCCUCAAGUGAAGGAAGCCGCGUGCCGGGCUGCGUUUUUCCAAGUCUCUGCCCCUGUCUCCUGUCAACUGAAUCUUGUGGCUUGGAAUCCUCAUUGCCAUCAUUCAGUUUUACUGCUUUUUUUCUCUCUUUUUUAAUACUGGCAGAUAUACAGUGAUUCUGUUCUGCUGUCUCUUCCCUGUUAUUUUAUGGAAUGAGGAACUGAAAUUACCCCGUGGUACGUUAAAACAGGGCCCGAUGCAUUAUCUUCAUCUAAGAGAUAAGAAGUUCAGAUGCAAUUUCUGAAUAGUUCUAAUACUAAAAUUGUAUUUGACCUGAGAUGAAAGAGACCCAAGUCCCGCUGGUUCAGUAAAUUUGAAUGUCACUUAGCAAUGAGCUCUAGGUCCCUUCUUUGGAGAGAAAGAGAAAGAGUUGGGACUUUGGAGUAAUGCAGGUCUUUUCAAAUUUAAAACUUCUGUUAAUCAAUUGGUGUUUUCAGACAAAUGUACUUUCAAACAGAACUAGGGGGAGUUCCCAUCGUAGCUCAGUGGUAACGUGAGGACUUGGUUCAAUCUCUGAGCUCGCUCAGUGGGUUAAGCAUCCGGCGUUGCCCUGAGCUGUGGUGUAGGUCACAGAUGCGGCUCGGAUCUGGCCUUGCUGUGUGGCUGUGGUGUAGGCCGGUGGCUGGAGUUCUGAUUCAACCCCUAGCCUGGGAACUUCCAUAUGCCUCAGGUUCGGCCCUAAAAAGACAAAAGAAAAACCCAAAACAAACCAAAUUAGGGUAGGUAAGUUUGUAUUUUAACCCUUUGAGAUGCCGUACUUUAGGCUGUAGUAUUACUGGAAUCAGCAUGGCUGUGUGUGUUUCUGCUGAGAGACUCCGGGAACGUGUGCCUCUCUGUUCCACGUUGACAGGCCAUUUCUCGUCUUCCUGCAGCCCUUUGGGAGCCUUCAUUAUACUUGAUCUUGGGCUCCGUCUCAUAAACCAGAGUAUCUAAGAUACAUUUGAUUGGAUGUGAUUUUGUUUGUUUCAAAGGAAACUUCAGGCCUUUGAGCGAUUCAUUGAGGAGGGAUGAGGUCCAGAGGCAUGAGAAUUCCUGUCAUUAGAACAAGGCAGAGCGAAGGCGAUUGGAGAUGUUUUUCGAAUCCCAGACAGAAACAUAAAGCUUUACAUUUGGCCAAUGCCUGGGAGCAAAGCAGUGCUGUUUUUGUAAGGUUUUAUGUCUGCUAGGAGCACAUUUGUAUGGAAAUUUUGUAUCGCUCUGUGUUGUGUUGGUGUUGAAGCAUACUGACUGCUUCCCGUUAGAGUAACAGGUGUAAACCAUGAGCCCCAGAGCGCACACCUCUUGCUGGAUGGAAGCUUUGGGAAUUGCUCUGAUGGGUCUCCCUUUUAGGUGAACCUUGCCUUCCACAGUUCUUAUCUUUUUAAUCCCCUUCCUGUUGAGUAAAAACAUGAAGUUGGGAAAGCUCCCCUUCUAGUGCAGUGGGUUAAGGACCCAUUGGUGCCGUGGCUGUGGUGCAGGCUUAAUCCCUGGCCCUGGAACGUCCACCUGCCACGAGUGUGACCAAAAUUAAAACAAAACAAACAAACAAACAAAAGUUCAGUCGGUUUGGCCCCGGAGUACAGCUUAGCUGUUGUUACUUUACCUACAGAUGUUUUAAAAACUGGAAAACAGAUAAAUUGGCAAUACACACGUGACCCCUGUGGUCUGCACUGCCUGUGAAAUCCAGCCUUAUUACAAAACCCAAAGCUACCGCAUACUUCUUUUCUAGUUGUCAUUCUUUUUUGAUGAUGAUUCUUUAAUGCCCUGGUCCUACUGGUUCAAGGUUCGUUUGGAAGGAUUUGUAAGUCACGCGUUAACAGUCAAUGUGAAAGAUUAAAUUAUAUAAUCUCUCCCCAUAUUCGCGUAUGCCCCGCACACACGGUUUGCAUUUAACUUUUAACAUUUGAUUGGUUGACAUGCGACCGAAGAGUUUAGUGAAUUUCAAAAUGUGACAUGAAAGAGAGGGCGUGCUGUACUGGCCUGAAGGACUCAGCUCAGAAAUGCUUCAUAAUAAAGCUUCUGGUAAAAAUUCAUUGCGGGCCCAGCAGUGGCACACCCGGCGUGGAUGCCGGGUGAGCAUAUGUAUGUAAGCGCAGUGAAGAUGUAGUCCUGGCAUCAAGGACAAGUUUCUGGAGUUCCCGUGGUGGCUCAGGGGAAACGAACCCCACCAGUAAUAUGAGGACUCGGGUUUGAUCCCUGGCCUCACACAGUGGGUUAGGGAUCCAGCGUUGCCAUGGUGUAGGUUGCAGAUGUGGCUCAGAUCUGGUGUUGCUGUGGCUCCGGCGUAGGCCGGCAGCUGUAGCUCCUAUUAGACCCCUAGCCUAGGAACCACUUUAAGCCACGGGUACAGAAGACAAAAAAGAUAAAAGACAAAAGAAAAAAAAAGAAUGAGAGUACCUACCUGAAAACGUGCACAUAUAUUAGCUUUGCAGGCAGUGAGAUGCUUCUCCUGCUGGUCCAAGAGCCACUCAUCAGACGCUUGGGUUCAGCCGUGGCAGUGACAGAUGCACCUGUGAGGGGAGACACUUUUCGUGUCGCUUGCUACUUACGUGCUCUCCCUGGGCGUGGAAUAAGAACACGCUCUGAUUUACUGAGCAACCCAUCUGCAUAUAUUUAAAAGCUCUUUAUCAUUAAUGACCUUUGGUUUUUUGUGGGGUGUAUGAGCACAAAGCCACUCAAGAUACAGCUCUACCUGUGAACCAAGUUUUGGCCAGCUCCAUUAGUACGUUUUUUCUUUUGUGGCCGUGCCCAUGGCAUAUGGAAGUUCCCAGGCCAGGGAUUGAAUCCAAGCUACCCUGCAGCUGCAGCAAUGCCAGAUCCUGUAACCUACUGUUCUGGGCCGGGAAUUGAACCUGUGCCUCCAUAGACGCUGGAGCCACUACAGUCAGAUUCUUAACCCACUGCUCCAUAGCGGGAACUCCAGUGCGUAUUUAUUUUCAACGACUAGCAGUUCUCUCAGAUAACCUAAAGGACUUCAAUGCUUUAUGUUUUCCUGUCCUUUUUAAAACCAUGGAAAAUCAAACUCAAAACUUGGGAAAGCUGAAACUCGUGGCAGGCGAGGCUUUGCACCUUCGUUUGGGUCAUCUGCCUUCUUUAUUUCUCAGGUCCAGCCUCCUGGGCAGAGUUUAAUACAACAUCCUCCUGGGACACCGGCUGCUUCUGCUGCUCUGUCUCGCCCGUCAUCGAGGGGCUGGCCCUUGUUUCCGGGCAUCUAGUGCUACAAAACAAAUCACGAAGUCCCCGCCAGCAGGCUCAGCAGUUGGGGACCUCCUUCCCCACAGCUGACAGAUUGACUCAGAUUUUCUGAGGCUGGAAUGUUCACUGAGGACCCUGGAGAAAGAAUCCGCCGAAGGUCCCGGCUCUGCUGCGAUCCAUCUCCUGGAAUUUCCAUGUGAAUCACAGCUCUGCACCUGGAUGGAGCCUAUUCUUUUGUGUGUGUGUUUUUUUUUUUUUUUUUUUUUUUUUUAAUUGGUUCAACAUUUGCUGCUAAUGGGACUUGCCCAGCUGAGUGCUGGCUCUUAGGAAGCCCAUGUUUCUUUGGUAACUUAAAGGAAAAAGGGAGAGGAGGGAGGGAAAGAAACCCCUCCACUGAGACCCCAAACCUGGGCUCCCAGGUAUGGCCCAGGGGGCCCAGGCUGGCUGGAUGCUGCCUGCGGACUCGGAGUCCCUGAGUGCGGCUGUGUUGUGAAUUCUCCUCCUUCCUCUUCCUCCGAGGUUUUGAGUUGGCUGCUGGUUAGCAAACUCCUUUUUACCCAUAUAAGUUAUUUAAUAUAAUAAUGAAGCUCAACACUGUGGUAGGAAAAUAGCCACUAGGAAAAAAAAAAAGCAGAGUUUGUCAUUGGACUGUGUCACGUUUUAGAAGGACCUUCUGUUUUCUUUGCCCUUCGGAGCCGUUGACCAUGGAGCGCUGUGUUUGGCAGGUGUAUUUUUCAGUAGUUGGUUUUUUUGUUGUCGUUACUUAGCUUUCCAUGAUGCCUACUUUUUUUUCCCUCUUGUAAUUUAAAUGUUCUGAAUUUAAGAGUCUUGGGGGGAAAACAACCUCCAUGGCCUAAUGCCAAUUUAAUUUUUUUUAACAGACUGUUAAUUUUCAUUACCUUUCGGAGUCUGUUGGCAACUAAACAUGUGAACAGAAAACAAAUUGGAAAAGUCCUCCCCCCGCACCCCCAACCAGAGCAGAGAACCAAACACAUGAAAAACAUCUUGCUGUUAACUCGGAGGUCGAUCUAAUUGUGAAAUAGUUCUCACCUCGUGAAACAUCUCAGUCAGUCCAUAGUUGCUCCGCCAAACAGCCGUUAGAGUUAUUUACUCCGGGGAAAACUGUAGAGCAGUAACCUGUGCUGAUGCAGAAAAAACCAAAACAUUAUGUUCAAAACAGAGAUGCAUCCUGACAUGGUUUCGAAAACCAGAGCAUAUGCCUGUGCGUACGCUUCCCGCCGUCUCCGCAGACCACACGUGUCUCUCGCGUGUCCUUCUACAGCCAUCUCAAUAUAUGUGACACUCUGUGGCCAGGA